AUGUAUUUUAUUACUACUUCAUUACUCUUCUUUAUUCACUCGAAUGUGAAUAUGAAAAGUAAAACAAUAACAAUGAUUAUUGAUAUUGAAUAUGAUGAAAUGAAUGUGUAUUUGUAUGAUAGAAAUGAAUACGAAAGAAUUGAUAGAAUGAAAUAUUUAAAAGAAGAAGAAAAGAAAAUAAUUGAAGAAAUCAUUUCCAAUGAUAAGAAGAAUGUGAAAAUUAGAAAAGAAAAUAUUAAAGGAGUAGAAAUGAUGAUUAAACCAGAAAGUAAAUUAACAAUGAUAUUCAAUAAUAUUAAGAAAGAAGUAGAAAAGAAAGGAGAAAAUGAAAGACAUCAUUUUUUUCCAAUGGACAGUCAUGAAUGA